AAUAGAGUUCUCCAUUUCCUAUAGGGCUAGAGCACUAGUUCUGUAAGUUCAGCACAAGGAACUCCUCUAGGGUUUAAGGGACCCCGAUACUCGAACCCCUUUAUCUCCAAUUCUCAAUAAGUUUAUUGAAUUCUCGAAGUCAAUAAUCUGAUGGAUAGGCACAGAGGAGGAGAGAGGUAUGUGAAUAGCAACAACAAUUCAGACCCAUUUCAUUAUAAGCAGCAGCACUCAAGAGGGGGUCCCCCAUCUUCUAGAACUAAUUUCUCUGAUGGUUCCAUGAACCCUCACCCUCAACAUCAUCGUCGAAGCCCUAAUGUAUAUCGUGGGCCCCACCGGCCCGCCUUCGAUAGCCCUCCUCGCUACCCUCCUACUGAUGCGGUUGCGGUUGCUGUUGGUACUGGUGGUGGUGGGGUUGAUUCUGGAAGGUUCCAUUCGAAUUACCAGAUGCCGCCACCGCCUCCUCCACUUUCGGGCCAUAAGCGGGCUUACCCGUUUUCUUCCGAUACAAGUGGGUCUCCAGACGGAGUUGAUGAAGGUGGUUUUGCCAAACUUUUUGUGGGAUCUGUCCCAAGAACAGCAACUGAAGAAGAUAUUCGACCUUUGUUUGAGGAACAAGGACGAGUACUCGAGGUUGCUUUCAUCAGAGAUAAGAGAACGGGGCAACAACAAGGAUGUUGUUUUAUUAAGUAUGCUACAUCAGCUGAAGCUGAUAGAGCUAUAAGAGCAUUACACAAUCAAUAUACUUUGCCUGGGGGAAUUGGUCCUAUUCAAGUCAGAUAUGCGGAUGGUGAACGUGAACGCCUUGGUGCAGUUGAGUACAAGUUAUUUGUUGGGUCACUGAACAAACAAGCUACAGAGAAGGAAGUUGAAGAAAUAUUUUCGCCAUAUGGUCGUGUUGAAGAUGUCUAUCUCAUGCGUGAUGAUAUGAAGCAGAGUCGUGGUUGUGGAUUUGUCAAAUAUUCUCAUAAACAUAUGGCAAUGGCAGCUAUAAACUCUUUGAGUGGAAAAUAUACAAUGAGGGGGUGUGAUCAACCUUUAACUGUUCGGUUUGCUGACCCUAAGAGACCUAAACCUGGAGAACCUAGAGGUGGUGGACCAGCUUUUGGUGGACCUGGUUUUGGACCUCGCUUCCCAACCCCUGGAAUUAGACCGCCACCUAAUAUUGGAGAGCCUUUGCAAGACCAAACAGGCCCUAAUGCCUGGCAUCCCAUGAGUCCAGAAAGUCUCAGGCCAAUUUCCAACCAAGGGAUGCAUGGUUUUGGAAAUCAGUUUCCUCCUAGAACCACUGAUACCACAGCGCCGUCUUCAUUGGGUGGUUCCUUCGGGAGUGUUAGUGGCACUGGAAAUGGGUUUCUUACAGGACUUGCGGCUUCUUCUGCUCCUACAUCGCAACUGUCUGCUAAACUACUCCCCACUGGUGGCCCACAAAUUUCUCAACUACAGAAGCCACUUCAGUCACCCCAGCAUUUACCAUCUGCUGGGCAACUUCAGCCUCCAGCCUCAACACCUUCUUCACAGGGACCAACGUCUCAUGCUUUAUUCGGGCAGAUGAAUCAAGUACAAAUGUCCCAGUCUGCCAGUCAAAGUCCUUUCAGUCAGGGAAUGCCCUCGCAGCAGUCGCUUGGUUUGACUUGGCAAUCAACUGUUUCUCAGCCUCAGAUGCAGCGCAAUAUGUCAUCUGCAAUGGGACAUACACCUUUAAGUAAUAACAUGCAACUACAUGUUGCAUCUGCAAUCGCAAACCAGCAGUCUGUGCCACAGCAUUUGGUCCAACAUCUUCAUCAGCCACCUUCCCAACUAGCACAAAUGUUGUCUCAACAGACGCAAAAUCUGCAGGCGAGCUUUCAAUCAUCACAGCAAACCUUUACUCAGCUACAGCAACAAUUGCAGCUCAUGCAACCAUCUAAUGGAAGCUCAGCAGUCCUGCAGGGCACACAAGAUGUUAAACAACAGUCUCCAUGGCCUGGACUUGUUCAACAAGCGGUACCUAGUUCCACAGCUGCCCAACCAAAAGCAGAUGCACUUCCUGCUUCAUCUACUGCAUCUGGAAUGAACCAGAUUACAGGUCCGGUGAAAUGUAAUUGGACAGAGCACACAUCGCCUGAUGGAUUCAAUUACUAUUAUGACAGUAUUACGGGAGAAAGCAGGUGGGAAAAGCCAGAGGAGCUGAUAUCAUAUGAACAGCAACAGCAAAAAUUGUCUGCCCAACAGCCUCGCAUUCAGGCUCAACCACAUGGGUUGCCUUACCAACAAGCUCAAAUGCAAGCACAACUUCAAUGUCAGCUCCCACCAUAUGUCCAAACACAGGUCCGCCCUCCUCAACAAAUGCAACAAGCUUCUCAAGGAUCUCUGUACGCAGUUGGAAUGACAGGUCAACAACCGAUUCAGACAGUUGUUGGGUGCAACCAAUGUUCUACUGUGGUCACAGAAACCUGUAAGCUCCAAUUGAGCCAGAAGGGCUGUUUCAGUAUCCUGCUUUACGUUCUCUAUAAUCCAACUUUCUGCUAUAUGUUAAACUUGUGUGCUUUUAUAUUCGCCAAAAGAUCUUCAAUGAUGUAGCAUGUAUCUGGUGUUUGUUAUCGUCGACAAAUAUAUAAAAAUUUAUUUGGCGCGAGCAACGCAUAUCUGCAGUAAGGAACGAGUUACUUGAUUAAAGGGUUCUCAACUAUUUCGUAAUGUGCUGAUUACAGUGUGUAGUUCUCUAAUGAAUAGAAUUGAGGACUAUUCAGUUAGUGUAACGGGUGACGAACAUGUUCGUAGAGCAUUUGAUUGCCAUAUCCUCUCAU